UCUUUUAAAUUGUUGAAUAUAUGUUACGGGUGUGACGUCUCUUCUUCGGCGUUGCGUUCACCGGAUUUGGCGGAACCGCUCGGUUUUUUCACGCGUCCUCAGCUCUGUCAGGAUGAAGUAGUUUCCGGGCGACGGACUACCAGCAGUAAACAUGGCGGAGGAACUGCUGGAAGCAGUGGAUAGACUCCAGUCGCGGCUCCUGGAGAAUCCGGAGCCUCGAAAGCUUCUGAAGACUUUGAAAAGACUGGGGGAGCUUCCCAUGACUGUGGAAAUACUGGUGGAAACCGGAGUCGGGAAGACUGUCAAUUCUUUUAGGAAGCAUCAGCUGGGUGGAGAGAUGGCGAAAGGCCUCGUGGCCAAAUGGAAGAAGCUGGUUCCUCAGUCAGACAGAGCCACCAACGUCAAAGAGCCACCGAGGUCACACACGCACUCUCGAGGCCCGGAGGCGGGUGGGGGGGUCGGAGGAGGAGGCCACAGACGCACCCGGGAGCCGUCCCCUGAGGAGGAGCCCUUCCAUGAGGAAGAGGAGGAAUUGGAAGUAGAGAGAGGCUAUCACACAAACUACUCGCCCUCACCCCCUCGGAACCAGCACUACAGCCCUCCGCGGCGAGGAGGCUACCAGUCGGAUGAGUACGAGAGCCCCGAGCCCGAGCCCGAGCACGAACCCGAACCCGAGCCCGAGCCCAGUCCUCCUCCUCCUCCUCCUCCUCCUCUUCGCAAAGAGGUCCGCCUCGCCAAACCAAGCAAAGAAACCAACAAAAACCACCACCACGGUUCCCACGGCGAAAGAAACAGAGACGAGGAGCGCCGGCAACGCCAUACACAGACAAGUAGCGCUCGGAGAGGAGAAGGAGGAGCAGCAGGAGGAGGAGGAGCGAGAGAAGACGGCGAAGGAAAGAACCGCAGCACAGACAAAGAGAGUCCAGUGACAAAGUCUGCAAAGCACAGCAGGAAGUCCACCACGCAUGAGAGUAAGAGGGAGGAGAAGAAGAAAGGAGGAGACGACGGGCAACCGCGGGCGCCGAAGGACUCGCAGCCCGAGGAAGAGGAGGAAGACUUUGACACUCCCACCAUGUCCUUUGAGUCCUUCCUCACAUAUGACGCCCCAACACCCGUCAAGAAGAAGAAGAAGCAGCCGCCAUCGUCCGCCUCCACGGCGUCCUCACGUCGUUCACGCACCCCUCCGCCUGCCCCCUCCUCAUCUUCCUCCUCCGCCAAGGGGAGCAAAGCCAACGGCACGCAGAGCACCAAGAGGCCGCAUUCAGGCUCCGCUUCUGCCACAGCGGAAAAACGCAAGCGGGUGGUUGAGGUCAUUGCAACUCUUCCUGAAAUCCAUCUGCCAGCGAUCCAACCCAAUUACAGACCUCUGCCCUCCAUCGACGUAACGCCGCUGUCUCCUCAGAGACGGAAAGUUCCUGUGUGCAACGACGAGGAGGACUCCGGCUUCACGGGGAAGCGGUUUAACUCCAAGAUGAUGGUCUACUCCGGAUCGAAGACCGCUUACCUGCCCAAGAUGAUGACUCUGUACGAGCAGUGCAUCCGUGUGCUGCAGAACAACAUCGACUCCAUCACCGAGGUCGGAGGAGUGCCGUUCGAUAUCAUGGAGCCGGUGCUGGAGCGCUGCACACCGGAGCAGCUGUUCCGCAUCGAGCAGAACAACCAGUGGUUUACAGAGGAAUCCGGCGAGCUGUGGAUGCGGCAUUGUAAGCGGGACUUCAAGCGAGAGUCUCCUCAAGAGUACGAGUCGUGGAGGGAGAUGUAUCUGAGGCUGCACGACGAGCGCAAGGAGCGACUGAAGAUGUUGACCCAGAACAUCCACUCCUCCCAAGCCAACAAGCCCAAAGGGCGCCAGGUCAAGAUGGCGUUUGUAAAUUCCGUCGCCAAGCCGCCGCGAGACGUCCGCCGCCGACAGGAGAAGUUCGGCACCAUCAGCGGCUCGUCAGCCAGCUCCACUGCCGCAGCAGCUCCCUUCAAAAUAAGACCAGCUACCACAGACUACUCUGGUGAAUCGAGUCGCUCCUUUUCCCCCCAACUGAACCCGUCUCCCGGCUCGUCUCGCUCCUCCGCACCAGGUGGCAGCAGCAGCAGCAGCAGCAGCAGUGGUGGUGGUGGUGCAGCAGGCGUUGGAGGUCCUGCAGCCCGGGACAAACCACAGGUCAAAAAAAUCGCCCCAAUGAUGGCCAAAACUAUCAAAGCUUUCAAGAACAGAUUCUCCCGCCGAUAGUGUGAAAGAGACUGAAAUGUAUUUUAUGGAUUCCAACUGUGUUUUUAAUUUAAGUUUUUAGCAAAAUUUGACUGGAGACCCCUGCACACACACACACACACACACACACACACCAUCAACUUUUCCACCAGACAUAUCCUAUGAACUUUUCAGUAUUGGUGGAAAAAUGUAGAUUUUUGUUUCUGUUUUGGGGGGAAUGAGUAUUUAAACGACGGUCAUUUGGUAUGACAUCUGUGUUAAGAAAAUUUACAUUUUACGAGACUCAAAGGACACACACAGCUGCAAAUACACAGUCUGUUACUUUCUCCUCUUUUAAAGCAGACAUGUUAUACUUUCAGAGAGUUGGACAAGAAAGCCACCGUCACCUCUGUAAGCUAAACAUGUAGCAUGACCUAGUUAGCUUAGCAUAGCAUAAAGAACGUUAACGGGGGGGAACGGCUUGUUAAGAUCUUUUUAAAUCCCAUUAAGAUGUUCCAUCUUGUUUGCUUAAACCGUACAAAAACGGUGUUACAAUCCAAUGUUUUUAUUGGGGGGGGGGUGGAACAAGCUAGCUUUUGGCUUGGCCCAGUUUUACAAAAGCAAAACUACAUUGUUUUGUUCCUAUUAUGUAACUAAGACUGAAAGUGUUAAUCAGUGAGCUUUAGAUGUGGUGGUUGUUGGAUUUGGGUACAAUGCUGGUCAUUUUCAAGUUGUUAUGCUAAGUUAACCAGCUCCUGGCUGUUGCUUCAUAUUUAGUGUACCGACAUGAGAGUGGUGUCUAUCUUCUCCUCUGACUCUAAUGAGCAUACCUCUCGAACAUCACUAUCAGACAUUUUGUUCAUGGGACAGAGACAUUACUGAUUUUCAACUUGUAUUGAAAAAUUAGUUGUUUGUUACUUUUUACUUACGAGCAACUGAUACACUACACAAGGAAAACCUCCUUUCCCUUUUGAUUUAAUGUCCAGCGUGGUGCACGUCAGCCGAGAAUCAACUGGCUGGCUAGACUUUGCUUUUAAAAAACAAUCAAACAUGCAUAUCUAGACAUGAAUCUUUUUAACAUGCUCUGAAAAGGAUAUCCGUAAACAGACAUACAAACUCUUUUUAGACUUAUUUUAACUCUCCUGUUGCUUCAGAUUAUUUUUUUCCUGCUGUUUAAUGUGUGUGUGUGUGUGUCUCUGCUUUACUGUGAGUGAAUGCUGAAGAGAAAAAAGGAACUAGGAAAUACAACAAUAAGGAAGGAAGUCAAUAGGACGUCUGCAGUUUCAGUCUACAACAAGGAUGAGAUGUAUUUAUUUUCAACAUUGGGACCUGGCACCCCACAAUACGGGCCCCAAUUGAAGUAGAUUAAAAAUUGUAAUUUUAUUAGAUUUUAAUAAAUGUUAUAUGGUCAUUUUUAUUAAAAUUGACUUUUUGCCCUUAAAGAUCGUGUGAACGAAUCUUUUUUUUUUGUGUGUGUUUUAUCAAACAUCCUUGAACAAGGAGCAUCACUUUGUGAGAACUUUUCUUCUCUAAAUAAUGGAACAGAUUAAAAAGUCUGCAGAGAAGGUUGUGAAGUGA